AUGCUUCAAAAUUUCCUUCAACACCAACAACAACAAAAUUCACAACAUUCAUCUCAACAAAGAAUAGAAAAUAAUACAGAAAGCCAACAACAACAACAGUUGGAUGAAUUCAUAAUUGAUGAAAUACUUUCUCUUGAAGGGGAACAACAAGCUAAUAAUCGACAGAAUAAUUAUAUCUGCCCAACAUCUAUUCAACAACAACAACAUUCAAGUCAACCAAUUCCUUUAUCUACAGCUUGUAGCCGGGAUUCUUCUAAUGCCUCAAUUCAAAGCGGUUCCCCAGGCUUUCAAACAGCCGGAGGUGGUGGUUUUGCUUUGUACAGCCCUAAAAAUGAUAACGAUUUCCGUCAAAUUAUAUCUUCGAGUGCACCAACCUCGUGUGAAAUUGAGAAUUUUAUUAGAAGAGGCGUUGCUGGUGUUUCUACAAGCAACAGUGGUCCUGCUGCUGUAAAUGGAAGAGGAUCGCAAGCAGUUACUCGUGAUUUGAAUAUGACAGAAGUUGAAAUAUACAAAGAUAGGCGUAAAAAGGAUAUUCACAAUAUGAUUGAAAGAAGAAGAAGAUAUAAUAUUAACGAUAGAAUUAAAGAAUUGGGUUUAAUGCUUCCAAAAUCGACUGCUGAAGAAAUGAAAUUAAAUAAAGGUACAAUUCUUAAAGCUUCUUGUGAUUAUAUUAGACAAUUACAAAAAGAUAGAGAAAUUAUGAUUAGACAUCAACAAAAAACUUCAAGAUUGGAAGAACUUGCUAAACAAUAUUUUCAAAGAAUUCAAGAUUUGGAAAAUCAACUUGAGAAAAACGGUAUUAAUGUACCUCCAUGUAAAUUACCAGCCCCAAAUGCCUUAUCUCCACCAAUUUGCCUUCCAUCUUCUACACAACAUGGAAAAUGUAUAAAACAAGAACCUUCCGAAGAAUUAAUUGGAAAUUUUUCUCCUUCGAGUACUCCACAGGCAAAAAUAGCCUGUAGUCUUCAAGAAAUGCAAAUAGCCAGUCCAACAUCAAGUCACGCUUCUCUCUUAAAAAUGUCAAGUAUUCAACAGCAAUUUGGCCAUCAUUCCCCAGCAGCUUUUAUAAUUGGGAGUGCUCCAACAGAAAUGGCUAAUUAUUUAAAUCAGCAUGUUCUAGCCAACAAUAAUUCGAAUAAUACAACGCCAAAUACUUUAAAUUUAUUACAACAACAACCUAUGGAAUUUGGUUCUAAUAUGUCAAAUUGGAAUGCACAAACACAGUUGGGACAAAUAUUUAAUUCUGGGAAUUAUGGGGAGUUGAAUAUGGAAGAAUUUGCUUUUCAACAUAGAGGCCCACUACAAGGUCAAGACCCAUUAAUGUCUCAACAUGGAGGAAGUUUAUCCAAUCAAUUAUCGCCAGUUAUCCAAUGGGAUCAAUCAAGUUUCUCUCCUGGCCAUGAAACUAAUCAUUAAAUAUUUAUAUAAUUUAAUUUUUGAGAAGAAAAAACGGGGUACAGAAAACAGGCAGGGUUAAAAAAAUUAUAAAAAAAGGCAGAUUAUAUAUAUAACUGAUAUAUAUUUAAAUUUAUAUAUAUUUAAAAAAUAUUUUUUUAAUCAAAAAAAUUUAUUUUCGUUUUUAAUUUUAUGUAUUUGAUUCAAAACCCUCUCUCUUUUUCACUGGCUUUAUGUCGUCAUCUUAUUUCUGGGUUGUUUCAGAGCAAUCUUAAUAUUAAUAGGGUUGUCGGUUCUUGGAGAAUCUACGAAUGUCUGGAUCCGAAUUGAAGAACCCAAAUGAAAAUCUUCGAGUUCUUUGAUCGAUCCAAAUUGUCAAUUUUAUUUAAUGUCUAACAAUGUUGGGUCGGAAUUCUGAUUACCGCCUUUUGAUGGGCUAUGUUUAUUUCUAUUUCCGAAAAUUUUCUAUCAAAUUUUUUAGAGAUAUCUGGUUCCAACAUUUGAACUAGUUUCGGGUUCCGUCUUCUGAUUCUCUUCCACUUCCGAUUUUUCCGGUUUUUAGCUCUUUGAUUUCCCUUCCGGUUCCUGAUUCUUCCACUUUCAACUUUUCCAGUUUCCGACACUCCCAAUUGUUCCAAUCCACCCUUGACUAACACAUAAAAAAGAGAGGGUUUUAACUAAUUGUUUUAUUUAAAUUUAUAUAUUUUUAUGUUUAUUUUUAAGGUUAUUUUUGCCUUUCUUUAAUCCGAUAAUUGUAAAAAGAAAAAGCGAAUUGUUAAUUUUUUUAUAUAUUUUCUUUUUAAAAAGCCCAAAUCCCCAUUUUUUAUUUUCAAACGAAUUUAUUGCUCAUCUAAAAAAUUUUUUUUUAAACUCGAGAUUGGAAACUUUCUAACGACUUUAAAAUUAAUACUUUAAGUGCUUCCUCUUUUUUUCAAAAUUUCCUCUUCUAUAUUUUUUUGGCAUGUUUCAAGGGAUUAAAUUUUUUUGAAUAAAAUGAAAUCCUUAAAGAAUACGUAGUUGUAAAAAUAGGGUUCCGGUUCUUGAAAAGUCUUUGCAUAUUUUGAAUUGAACCGAAGAGCCGACCUGAAAUCCUUGGUUUUAAGACUCGGUUCGGCUUUAGCCAAUAACAUAUUUAGUCGUGAAAUUUUUAUUCUGACCAUUAGGAGCCUCUUAAAGCAAGAGUCUAGC